CUUUCACCAUGGCCUUGAUGUUGUAGACGUUUAAAACCUCUUUCAACCACCUACAGUCCUUUUCAGAUCCUCAGACUUCAGAAUCUAGUGGAACGUCUUUUUUUUGGCAACAAGGACAAAGCAUGAUUUGUUGACGAGGAGUCAUUUUUAAAGUAUCGGUAAAGAGAAAGGAAGGGAGAGGAGGAUUCAAGGAAGCAGGGACAGUGGAUAUUUUUGUCCACUAUUCAGUUACAGGAAGCCUGGCUUCACUUUCUCGACCAGCUUUCUUUUCUGUCCUUUUGUGGAACCUGUGGACCCUUCCCCAUGGUUCUGUCACUGUCUUAAACUCAGCUCUUUACCUGGUCUCUUUGUGUGGAAGUCCUGCUGAUGACUAGUGAUGGAUUUCAUGGGCUUUGGCCUCAGGAAAGCUCUUCUUCACCGCAUUGUCUCCGAUAAAGCUGGAACGCCUAGCUGCUUUCCCUCCAAACAAUCUGAUGAAGAAGUGGCUUGUGUUGGAGUAAAGAUCGCUCCGAGCAAAGUUACUGGCAGCAGCAGCAGUCCUAUUGAACAAGGUGGUCGUAGUGAAAGAUUAUGUCGUGGAUCCAAAUUUAGCAAUAAAAGCAAUUCUGGAUUAAAUGGAAGAGGCUCGGACCGCCGGCCACUGCAUCCAAAACCACAAGUGCCUCCUAAGCCAGCGCACAUUAGCAGUCCGGUGACAGAAGUCUCCUUACCGCUCGGAUCUGGAAACUUAUCUGUCAAACCCAGCAUGGAGGGAGGAGUCGAAGGAGCUAUGGGAAAGGGCCGAGUGUCCAACCUCAUCAGCCGCUUUGAGGAAAGCAGACACACGGACAUCAGGAGGGAGGGCGCCCAACUGAAGCAGGUCAACAGAUCCACCAACCCGCCGCUCAAAAACCACAUCAGACAGGUGGAGGAGUCCAAGGAGCAAUCCAAUGACCCCAGCUCGACAAGGAACAGCCCGCGUCAUGCCCUAAAACCCCCCAAUGGGGUCCCAGCCCAAAUGAACAGAGACCAGGAGAGAAUUAAAGACGAAUCGGGCGUGAGGAUAGACGGAUUGCCAAAUGGAGAUGUUCAUGGGGACAGUAUGGACGGGAACUGUGUAGAUGCGUCUCAUGAGGAUAUAGACACGAGCCAGGAGCAUGUGGAGAUAAAAAUAGAGAAGGAGUUGCUUCUGGGGGACAUUAUGCCUGAGCCAAAGGAAACAAAUGAACAGAAGCUCUACAAAAUAGCAAAUGAGCUUCUGCAAACAGAGAAGGCUUACGUUGCACGACUCAACUUAUUAGAUAAGGUGUUUUGUGCCAAGCUGAUGGAAGAGGCCAGAAAAGACAUGUUCCCUUUGGAAGUGGUGAAAAACAUAUUUUCCAACAUCUCCUCCAUUAACGCCUUCCACAGCCAGUUCCUUCUGCCCGACCUGGAGAAGCGCAUGGGGGAAUGGACGUCAACGCCUCGCAUAGGGGACAUCCUACAGAAGCUCACUCCCUUCCUGAAGAUGUACGGCGAGUAUGUGAGGAACUUUGAUCACGCCAUGGCGCUGCUGAAGAGCUGGACCGAUCGCUCACCUCAGUUCAAAGCCAUCAUUCUGGAGAUCCAGAGUCAGGAGGUGUGUGGCAGUCUGACGCUACAGCAUCACAUGUUGGAGCCAGUGCAGAGAGUACCGCGGUACGAGAUGCUCCUCAAAGACUAUCUCAAGAAACUCCCUCAGGAUCACACAGACCGGCGGGAUGCUGAGAAGUCUUUGGAGAUUAUUGCCAUGGCUGCCACUCAUUCCAAUACUGCUAUUAGGAAAACAGAAAACCUUAAGAAAUUGCUGGAGAUUUAUGAGAUGCUGGGUGAGGAGGAGGACGUUGUAAACGCUUCGAACGAGUUUAUAAAGAUGGGUCAUAUUCUGAAGCUGGCAGCCAGGAACACCUCCGCCAUGGACAGAUAUCUCUUCCUGUUCAACAACAUGCUGCUGUACUGCGUUCCCAAAUUCAGUCUCGUAGGGCAGAAGUUUACGGUGCGCACACGCAUUGGCAUCGACGGCAUGAAGGUGAUGGAGACCUUCAAUGAGGAUUACCCUCACACGUUUCAGGUUUCGGGCAAGGAACGAACGCUGGAGCUGCAGGCCAGCUCUGAACAAGAUAGACUGAGUUGGAUAAAGGCAUUCCAGGAAACAAUACACAUUUUCCACCAGAAAAAUGAGACCUUUAAAUCGGCAUCCAAAGAAGCAGAGGAAGUAGCGGAACUAAAGAUAUCAGAGCUGGGAAAACGCGCCCCUCGCUGGAUACGAGACAAUGAGGUGACCAUGUGCAUGAAAUGCCGUGAGCCCUUUAACGCCCUCACACGCCGGAGACAUCACUGUCGAGCCUGCGGAUACGUCGUCUGCUGGAAGUGCUCGGACCACAAAGCCACUCUGGAAUACGAUGGGAAUAAGGUGAACAAGGUGUGCAAAGACUGUUACUCCAUCCUGACGGGUCACAUAGACGGUGAAGAGAGAGAGGGCAAGAAGAAAGGCAUUCUGGAGAUUGAAGCGGCUCAGUUCUCAGGCAGCAGCAUCAUGUGUGGUUUCCUGCAGUAUUGUGAAAAGAACAAACCUUGGCAGAAAGUCUGGUGUGUCAUUCCCGAGAAGGAAGCUUUAGUUCUCUACUUGUAUGGAGCGCCUCAGGAUGUGAAAGCCCAGUCCACCAUCCCCCUGCUCGGCUACCUGGUGGAGGACACGCUCAAACCUGCGGACCCUCCAGCGAGCUUCCGUCUAUCCCAAUCCAAGUCGGUCCAUAGUUUUGCAGCCGAAAGCGAAGAACUGAAACAGCGCUGGCUGAAGGUGAUCCGGAUGGCGGUGACGGGAGAGGUACCCGAGCCCCCUCCACCCGAAGAGACGGUCGCCACAGAGGUCACACAAGAACCUAGCACUAACGGCGUCUGAGUGGAGCGAGAGACUCUUGCUUUUCAAUUGCACUACUGUAUUGCCAAGCAUCAGUAAGGAAGACAACGUCUUGCUCACAGCAUUUAAAAGCCACACGAGUUGUGCUUAUAUUCUAUUUGGAUGUAAAUGCUUUCAUGACUUGGAGAUUUAAAGGACCGCUAGCACGAUCGCUUUUAGGCUCCGUGGUGCUACAGGAGCGGAUUUUGAGUUUGCAAGGACAUGAGUACUUCAGUAUUCAUCAUCACCGGCGAUACUACAGCUGUUGUUAUCAUUACACUGCAGCACAAUGUAAAUAUUGUACCAUUAUCAAUACAUGUUGUAUGUAUAGAAUAUUGAGAUUCGGCUGUUGACAUUGCAGCUUGUAAAGACGAAAUCAGCACAUGGAUGCUCGCUAGGCUUCAAUCUUUUAUAGACUGUGCUGUAUAUUGCAUUCGGUUGCAGAUGAAUCUGCAUGCAAUAAACAAUCCUUCAUAUCACUGGGUCUGAGAAAUCGGAUCAAUAAUCUGUUUCAAUAUUGCCAAUCACAGAUGCCAUUGUUAUCAUAGCUCAGUAAUAAGCUAUAGCCCGUAGACUUGAUGCAUUCGAUUUGAUGGAGGAGGUGCUUAAUAUUAUCUUUGAAGCCAGAGGAUUUGAUAACAAACAUUUGAGUAUUGAUAUGAAAUAACUAGCUACAGUGGUGUAGGUGUUUUUGAGAAUCGUCUUUUUGUGAUGGACGCCUUUUACUUUGCAAUCAUCUGAUCCAUUGGAUAAGGAAGGUAUAAGGUUAAAUGGACAGACCACCCAAAAAUGAACAUUUCGUCAAGAAUGACUCACUCUUUAGUCUAGUUGUUCCAAACCUGUAUAAAUGUCUUUGUUUGGUUGAAGAUAUUUGGACGAAUGCUUGGAACCAAACUGUUCUUGAACCCCAUUGACUACCAUAUUCUGAAAAAUUACAGUGGUAGACAAAAGCCCCAACAGGGCUUAAAGUUUUCCGGCACCGUGCCGGAUUUAUUUAAAAAAAGAAUCUCGAUAUCAGUUCAAGUUCAUAAAUUCGCUUUAUUUUGCCCUCAAAAUGCCACCCUCAAUAGGACCAAAAAAGUGAGUCAUAUUUGUUUCUUUUUUAAAGUAGGAUUUAUAUUGAGAUGAAUUUUGGUAUGUUAAAUUAUGUUUUUAUAUACCAUAAUAGGAUAAAACUGCUUUUGUGGGUUAUAAUUAUGCACCCACUUCUUUCGAUUAAGAAGAUCAAUAGUCAGUUUCAAGGGAAAUAAUGUUCUUUUUGUUUGUCAAAUUGUGUUUUUUGUCUACUCUCGCAACCACAGAAAAAAGUUCAGGCUCAGGAUUUUUUAUUUAUUUAACCCCUGACCCCAAAACUGUUUGCUGAAAUGUUUUUCAAAAUAUCUUAUUUUGUGUUCAACAGCCAAAACCAACCCAUAAGAAAGUCAUUAUUUCUACUAUGGUUGUCAAUGGGGUCCAAUAACUAUUUUGUUAUAAGCAUUCUUCCAAGUAUCAUUCUCUGUGUUCAUUACAAUAAAGAUAUGUAUACAGAUUUUUUUUUUUUGGGUGAACUGUUCCUUUAAGAUAUUUGUUAUUUUGUAGGCGAUGCUAAUUCCAUGUGGGCUGCACAAUCAGCUUUAAUAGCCCGCUGGGGCGGAUUUUGUUCUUUAAAUACUGUAAUUAUAACUUUAUUUAAUAAUUUAUAGAAGAAAUGCAUGAUUUUACAUCAAAACAUUUUCAUUCGCUCCAUCGGUUCUGUUAUUCAGCUUAAUAAAUCAUAAUUAGCCCAUAGCCUUUUUGCCUUCUGUUCAAGUUUCUACCACUGUGUCUAUUGAAUCAAGUAAUACAGAAAAUGUAAAAAGCUCCAAAAAUACAAUUUAUUAAGAGACUCCUAUAGAAAGGUGAUGCGUCAUGAGUGAUUUGUAUGUUAUUGGCUGACUUUGAGUUGUGUGUGCUUUUGUUUUUUGUUGUGCAAAAUGACGCCAUAUUUGGAUUUGGCUACGUGCCUACAAUGUUUAUAAACAAAAUGCAUACAUUUUAAGGAGUUAUUUCUAUAUCAAUUGUACAUACAUGAUUGGAAAGAUUCCAUCCUUUCUUUAAGGCUUCAUGGUCUAACCUUUAUUUAAAUGAUUUGAAACGAUCCUUAUCAUGAAUGUAUCUCCCCAGAAUCUCAUCUACUGGUAAACCCAAAGGUGCUGAGAACGGAGGCCUCAUUUUAUACAUACCAACUGAAGCUUACGCACUUUACUGUCUUCUAUAAAGCAUACCUUGUCAAAUAAAACAAGAUUAUUCUGCAA